UUCCAACAUUGGGCGUCCGGACGCCCGGCUACCAGCUCCUAACACUUUCCCUAGCAACGUGAUACUGCUGCAGUUUGUUUAUUUUUCAGCAAAACCAUUAAUAAUCAUUAUUCCGAUUUUCCCAAAAAAAAAUACCCGUAACUUUCCAAAAAAAAUCCACCACAAUGGAAGGGCUUCCCAAGCUUCCGGGUUUAGAUUUCGCCAACCGAUUACGCCAAAAACAUCACGUGCCACAGUGCUUCAAGUAUCGUAACGGCUAUCCAAUUCCGGAGAAACCGAUUUGCGGUCUCGGAGGAGAACAACUAAAUGAAGACUCCAUCUACUACUGCACCGACGAGAAUGACACCGUCCUAUACGAUCCGAUCCUAACGUACGGUCGGGUGCAGAAACCCCCUGCGAAGCCAUACCGACCGCACUUUGUGCUGUACGAUCGAAAAACGCUACGGUUUAACGCAUUCUUCCGACAAGCUGUACCCGAAUCAGCGAAGGAAACGUUCCGCGUUCGGCACGUAAACAUUCUGUACUUCCUGGAGGACGACACAAUGACAGUGCUGGAACCGGUUAUCGAAAACUGUGGCUUUUCCCAGGGCCGUCUGGUUCGACGCGGAAAGAUAGAGAAGAAUUGUCUUGGGGAUACGUACAGCUGGAAAGAUUUGAACAUCGGAAUCGAUUUGGAAAUUCAUGGGUACGUGUUCCACACAACGGACUGCGAUCCGUUCACGAAGGAGUUUCUACUCAGCAAUGGCAUUGAACUGAACGAGAUGGAGUUUCCCCCACCGGACCCGGCAAUGAACGAGCGAUCGGUCAGUGUCCGGCAGAAUUUCAGACAUCACAAGAUGUACGUGGCGGCGGAGGAUAAACUGCGAAAGUACCUCGAGCAUCAGGGAAAAGUGCUGCACUUUGAUUGUCUUCUGGACGAAUCAGAUCGACCUGGUGGCGAAAGAAUGACCUACAAACUGUUCUACUACCUGGAAGAUGAUACUGUGUCCAUUAAGGAGUUGAAGGAGAAUCAGGUGGGACGAGACUACUUUCCGAUGCUGCUUCGGAAGCAGAAACUACCGAAAAAUUGGAAGGAGAAGCCUGUAACGUACCCCGCUAUCUGUCUAGAGCUCUCGGACGCGGAGGUGUCCCAGUACUACUCCCCAAAAGAUUUCCUCGUCGGUGAAACCAUUUUCGUGUACGGUCGCAAAUUUCUCCUCCUGGACUGCGAUCUAUUCACACGCAAUUAUUACGAGCAAAUUUUGAAAAUCGUUCAACCUGAUAAGGUUUGCCUGGACAGACCACACACGCACACACCAAGGGUCGAACUUCCUACCUAUCUGGGACUGGGAACUCCGGAGGAUUCCCUUGCCUCCUACCAUAGUCUGAUACCCAAAAGUCCACGGAAGGACGUGAUUACCUACUUGAUCAAUAUGAACAAGUAUCUUCGCUAUGGUUGCGUGCUGGAUACCGCCCACCCGGAGGAUAAGAUCCGUCAAUUUGUUCUCAGCCUUUCGCUAGCAGACGGAACAAUUUCAAUUAUGGAAUCCAAAAUUCGCAACUCUGGAAUUCAAGGGGGACGCUUUCUUGCAGCUACCAAAGUGUGGAAACCAGAUUGUGAUCCGAAUGAACCGGAAUACUACACGGCCAAAGAUUUCUUUAUCGGAACAACCAUCAUCGUUCAUGCUCACCGUUUCAAGAUUGUAAGCGCAGAUUUGUACGUGCAUCGGUACAUGCAAGCCCACCCAGAAAUGUUUUUCGCUGAAGCCAUCGCGACGGUCCAAAGCUACCUGUUGGAGACAGGCCAUUUGAAGGACGAUCUCCGAAAAGCGACCGAAGAAGACUGUAAGCGAUAUGCUUCAACAGAUAAAUCUGAUACUAGGGAGGAUGACAAACGAUUGCAGGGAUUCAGUUUCGAGGAUGAUGCUGAACGAAUGGAACCCUCUGCUCUGGUUUGUUCCGAUAGCCAUGACUGUCCGUCGCCGAUCAUCCCGGAUGAGGAAAUUAAAAAGAUGUACCACUCAAACGAGGAGCUUAAUCUGGAACAUCAAGGGCAAAUUGAGGGAGAAGACUUGAUCAAAGUGGGCAAAUCGGUGCGAUUUGAUGAUAGCUGCUAACGAUCUAUAGAAUCACUCACCAGGUUUUUACUUGC